ACGACAAAUUCCAUCACUGUUUUCUGCUUGUUUCGUGAUUCAUCCUCCCUAGUCCCGUACUGUCUCCAAAUCCUAAAAGUUCGAAGAAAAAAAAACCAAUAAAAACCAACACCAGCAACCAUCACUGGUCUCCCAUCCCACCAACUCCUUUCCAAAUCCCAAACAGUAAAGACCCACGCACAUUGACACCUGGAAUCUCUCUUUCGCGCGCACACAGACACACAAACAAAAACCAAGUAAAGCAACUCUCACGCCCUAAAAAAAAAAAAAAAAAAAAAAACCAAAAAAGUUCUCCAAAAGCCACACUAACCCCACUACAUAGUGCUACCUGUCGCCUUCAAUUGCGACUUCCGCACCACUCAUUUCCCUUCUUUUAUAUAAACAGGUUUGGUGUUGUUUUUUUGUUUUUGAUAUGAAUCAACAAGGUUCGGGCGAGGAGGAGGAGGAGGAGGAGGAGGAGGAGGAGGACGAGCCGGUUGAGGCGGAGGAGGUUAAGGAAAAGGCGGUUUCGUCUUGUGGAGAAGAGGAGGGAGCUGGGGUGGUGGUGGAGAAGCAGGAGAAUUCAAUGGAGGAUGAUUCGGUGAGUCCGGCUACUGUGUUUUGUAUUAGGCUUAAACAGCCUAGGUCCAAUUUGCAGCAUAAGAUGAGCGUUCCGGAGUUGUGCAGGAAUUUCAGUGCUGUGGCUUGGUGUGGGAAGUUGAAUGCCAUCGCCUGUGCUUCUGAAACUUGUGCGAGAAUCCCAAGUUCUAAUGCAAAUCCACCCUUUUGGAUCCCGAUACAUGUUGUGAUCCCAGAGCGUCCAACUGAGUGUUCAGUGUUCAAUGUCAUAGCAGAUUCUCCUCGUGAUUCUGUCCAAUUUAUUGAAUGGUCCCCAACUUCUUGUCCUCGUGCCUUAUUGGUAGCUAAUUUUCAUGGGAGGAUAACCAUCUGGACACAGCCUUCUCAAGGGCCAGCCAAUCUUGUUUGUGAUGCUAGUUGCUGGCAGUGUGAGCAUGAAUGGCGGCAGGAUAUAGCAGUGGUUACCAAGUGGCUGUCAGGCCUGUCUCCGUAUAGGUGGCUUUCCACAAAAUCCAGUAGUCUAGGGAACUCAAAGUCAACUUUUGAGGAAAAAUUCCUUUCCCAGCAGUCUCAAAACUCAGCUAGGUGGCCCAAUUUUCUUUGUGUUUGCUCUGUCUUUUCAUCUGGGUCUGUUCAACUUCAUUGGGCCCAGUGGCCUCCUACUCAGGACAAUACAGCACGGAGGUGGUUUUGCACAAGCAAAGGACUCUUAGGCGCUGGACCUAGUGGGAUCAUGGCUGCUGAUGCAAUAAUAACAGAUAGUGGUGCCUUGCAUGUUGCUGGUGUGCCAAUUGUCAAUCCAUCUACUAUUGUUGUUUGGGAGGUCACUUCUGGCACUGGUAGUGGAUUUCAGGCAACUCCAAAGACAACCACUAUCAAUGGGGUCCCACCUUCACUUAAUCCACCCAGUUGGGCAGGUUUUGCCCCAUUGGCUGCAUAUUUAUUUAGCUGGCAGGAAUAUUUAAUGUCUGAAAUAAAACAGGGGAAGAAGUCAACAGAUAAAGAUUUAAGUGACAUUGUUUCACUUCAUUGCUCGCCAGUUUCAAAUUUUUCUGCAUAUGUGAGUCCUGAGGCUGCAGCUCAAUCUGCUGCAACAACUACAUGGGGGUCUGGAGUAACUGCAGUUGCCUUUGAUCCAACUCGUGGUGGUUCUGUCAUUGCUGUUGUGAUAGUUGAGGGACAAUAUAUGUCUCCCUAUGAUCCGGAUGAGGGUCCUACCAUCACAGGAUGGAGAGUGCAACGUUGGGAGUCAUCUCUACAGCCUGUUGUUCUUCAUCAGAUAUUUGGAAACCCUUCUUCCAGUUUUGGGGGGCAGGCACCUAUGCAAACUGUUUGGGUUUCCAAGGUUGAUACCAGUAUACCACCAACUAAUGACUUUAAGAGUUACCAAUUAAUUGCAGCGGGACCACCAUCUGACGCAAGAAAAAUUCCUGAUCCCAGUGUUGAAAAGGCAAAAAGAGUCAGUUUUGAUCCAUUUGACCUGCCAAGUGAUGUUAGAACUCUUGCUCGAAUUGUUUACUCUGCUCAUGGUGGUGAGAUUGCCAUUGCAUUUAUAAGAGGUGGAGUGCAUAUUUUUUCUGGUCCAAACUUUUCCCCUGUUGAUAACUACCAAAUCAAUGUUGGAUCUGCAAUUGCUGCUCCUGCCUUUUCUUCAACAAGCUGUUGUUCAGCUUCUGUUUGGCAUGAUACUAACAGGGACCGCACAAUACUGAAGAUAAUUCGUGUGCUUCCUCCUGUUGGUCCUAGUAGUCAAAUAAAGGCCAACUCAUCAACUUGGGAACGUGCAAUUGCUGAGAGGUUUUGGUGGAGCCUUUUGGUUGGAGUUGAUUGGUGGGAUGCUAUUGGCUGUACUCAGAGUGCUGCUGAGGAUGGCAUUGUUUCUUUGAACAGUGUCAUUGCUGUCCUGGAUGCAGAUUUUCACUCUCUACCUUCUAUUCAGCAUAGGCAACAGUAUGGUCCUAGUUUAGACAGGAUAAAAUGCAGGCUACUGGAAGGUACAAAUGCCCAAGAGGUUAGGGCAAUGGUUCUAGACAUGCAAGCUAGGUUGUUGCUGGACAUGCUGGGGAAAGGAAUUGAGUCAGCAUUGAUAAAUCCUUCAGCUUUGGUACCUGAGCCAUGGCAAGCAACUAGUGACAUGUUAACCAACAUUGGUGCCGAAGCAAUGGCUGUUGAUCCGGCCCUUGUUCAGAGUAUUCAGGCAUACGUUGAUGCUGUUCUGGAUCUAGCUUCACAUUUUAUAACACGUUUGCGGCGUUAUGCAAGUUUCUGUCGCACUUUGGCAAGCCAUGCUGUUAAUACAGGUACUAGCAGCAACCGGAAUGCAGUGGCUAGUCCCACCCAAAGCACAACAACUCCUGCAACAAGUCAGGGUCAAAGCGGUACCACAAGUUCAACAGGAAGCACACAGAUGCAAGCUUGGGUACAAGGUGCCAUUGCCAAGAUAAGUAGCUCUAGUGAUGGUGUCUCUAGUUCAACUCCAAACCCCAUAAGUGGGCCGUCACCCUUCAUACCAAUUUCCAUUAAUACUGGAACUUUUCCUGGAACACCCGCUGUUAGGCUCAUUGGGGACUGCCAUUUCCUUCAUAGAUUGUGUCAACUUUUGCUUUUCUGCUUUUUCUUUCGGCGUACACAACAAUCUCGGUUUGUUCAAAGAAGUGCUGAUACAAAUACCCAAAAACCUCAACCUGGGGCGCCUGCCAAAAUGGAGGAGGUCAAUUCUGUUUCUGCUAAAACAUCAACUAUGACUGUGUCAGAAGAAGGCCAAGGAGCUAGAGCUGGCCAGGGGAUACCUGCAACUAAAGCAGUUGAGGAAGCUCCUGCUGGCCGCUUGAAGUUGGGUACUGGAAAUGCUGGUCAAGGAUACACUUUUGAGGAGGUCAAGGUUCUUUUCCUUAUACUUAUGGAUCUCUGCCGACGAACUGCUGCUUUAGCACACCCUCUACCAGUUUCUCAGGUGGGGAGCACUAACAUCCAAGUGCGACUCCAUUACAUUGAUGGGAACUACACUGUAUUGCCUGAGGUAGUAGAGGCAUCUCUUGGCCCACAUAUGCAGAAUAUGCCUCGGCCAAGGGGUGCAGAUGCUGCAGGCCUGUUGCUUCGUGAAUUAGAACUCCACCCUCCAGCUGAAGAGUGGCACAGGAGGAACAUGUUUGGGGGCCAAUGGUCUGAUCCAGAGGAUAAUGCUCCAGCAGAUGAUUUGUCCAAACUAAGUAAUUCCAUAGACUCACUGAAUGUGAGCUCCUUAGGAAACUCUGAUAUCUAUCAUGAAGCCCAACGCCUUUGGCCAAGGAAGCGUAGGAUGUCUGAAAGAGAUGCUGCUUUUGGCUUAAACACUUCUGUGGGGCUAGGAGCAUAUGUUGGUAUAAUGGGAUCUCGAAGAGAUGUUGUUACUUCAGUGUGGAAGACUGGUCUUGAAGGUGUUUGGUACAAGUGCAUAAGAUGCUUGCGGCAGACUUCAGCUUUUGCUUCACCAGGUUCAACCAAUCAACCCUGUCAGAAUGAUCGAGAAGUAUGGUGGAUCAGCCGUUGGGCCUUUGGCUGCCCUAUGUGUGGUGGAACAUGGGUUCGAGUUGUAUAGAUGACAAUCCUGGCUGAAUGAUUUUUAGUUGGAUUCGUUAUGCACUCUCUUUAUCUGGAACAUAAUAAGAAAUAUUUCACUGACAAAAUUAUCAUCUGAAACUGAUGGAUUAGACAGGCUAGUUUUCUUUACUCGAUAACUCGGCACUUGAUAUCUGCAGUCUAAUUUUUGAUUUGGAUCUCAUAUGUCAAAACUGUUAAAGGCUGAUUCCAGGUGCCAUGCACAAAAUUUCUUGGUAGCAAAUUGAAGGCCAACCAAUCAGGCAGGUUUCUCCAUUAAUGACAAAUCCAUUUUUCUUUUAUGGCACUGCACGUUCUAUUGUUGUUCAUGAUUCCAGAAAGAGUCUGUCAGCCAUUUUUUGGCCACUUGUCGGCUAGGUUUAAAUAGGUUAA